CAAACUAACGUCAGGCAGCAGAAUUUUCCUGUUAGCUGCUGCUGUUUGCUGCUGAAAGGCUAAUUUAUUUCCUUGUUGCGCUCGGACGCAGCUGUCACCCACACAUGAGUACGUGUUAGCCGAGGGUUUUUUACACAAAGCUUCCCCUCUGUCUGCUUCAUUUAGCCUCUGUCUCACUGUUAUCGCUAACAACGACACGUCUGUGUCGUGAUUCCAAGCCUCUGUGGCUAAGUCAUGUUUGGCUAGUGUUAGCUAUGUGCGGGUGCUUAGUCAGAUGUAUUAUGUUGAUAUUAGCAGGAAAGCUAACGUCGCAAACGUUUAGAUUGUCUUUCUGAUGGAUAUAUCUGUCACCGAGAAGUGGGCCCUGGCUUUGUCCGCCAAACUCUGGUGUUCAGCUGCCAAGCUGGCUUCCUUGUUGUGAUUGAAUCGGAGGCCUGCUGACAAAGGAUCGAUCAUCUUCAUGUUAGCCACAGCUGCCUCCACUCAACACUACCACACUCUGGGAGUCUAGUGUCACUCCAGUAAAAAGUAGCUUUAGUCAAAGUUUACCAAGGCCCUUUCACAUCAACAUUGACAGAGUUGAAAAGAAGCGUUUGAUAAAUUAAUUUGACCAUAACAGCGUGGUAUAGACAGUCCAGAUGGUUAAACACUUUUCUAAUACUCUAAAUGCCUUUUAUACUGUAUCUUUACAUAUAUAUAUGUUUACCUCACUUCACUGCAUGUAGCAGGAAAUAAGCCAUAAGCACACUUCAGCCUCCUAUUGAAGUCCUCCCAUGUGUUGACAAACCAACUACAACUCAUAAUCAUUGUUAUAAUGGAUUCCUUGGAAAAUUGUUUCAUUUGUUAUCUCGUUGGACCUAAAAAGACGGUUAACAAGGUAAAACAAUUUUGAGCCCAAAAUAUAACAAUGCUAGUCUGUCAUUCUUUCAUAAGUUAUAAUAAUGCAUAUGGUUAGUGUGUCUAUAUGUCCAUAAUGUUGCUUUAUACAUUAUUUAUAUCAAUACAACUACAGGAUUUUAAGGACCUACCUAUUUUGAAUCUUGAGUUCCUUUAGCAAAAUGUAUUUAGUGGUUCUCAAACUAAAUGUACCACUGCUGAUGCUUGGGCUCCUUGUGGUCCCUUUAGAAUUAGGGUAGUCAUUGAUCAGUUAAAUAAUCUAUUCAAAUGUAUGGUUGUACAAGUGCAAGUUGUUGUGCUACUUCAUUGUACAAUGUAUCUUUGGCUGACUAACAGUCUGUUAAGCUUAUUAAGAAUCAAUUCUCUUCUUCAUAUACUGGUCUUGGCUGAACAGGGUAGGACACUGUCAUGUAUGUAAAUUUUGGUCAUACUACUAUUAUUCAAGGGGACAGUUAUUUUCAGAUGUGAUACGGAUUAUGUACAAAAUUGAGUUCCACUGUGUAAGAUGGCAUCCUGUAUAUGUGGCAUUGAAUACCAUGGGGUUAGUUUCAUGACUAUAAUCUGCUUGCAAUGAGGAAAAUCUUCUCAAAAUGUAUCCCUCAAGUGACAAAGGAGGGAGGAAGGGAUGGAAAUUCUAUAGCCAACAAUGGACAGAAAGUUAUUCAAAGGACAACAUCAGUCGCAGUCUCUUUAUUUGUGUUUCCUUCCUACAUGAUUACCAAAAUAUUUCAAUAAUCACAGACUGCGGGUGAUAAAACAGGGAGUCAGAGACAGUUUGGUUAUUUUCUACAUAAUUGGGUUAGUUAGAAGCUUUAAAAAGCAAUAAGAUGAUCAUAUAAUCAUAUCAUAUUUUUGAAAAAAUGAGACUGUGGUUCCAUGAUAGGUACACAAUAAAUGGUUUGACUUGACAAAUAGAAAUAAUCUAAAUUUCUGCCAGUUUGUAUCAAGGUACUGGGUUAGAGCAAAGGGGCAGCUCUUAACUGGUAUUGCCUCAGCAGGACUCCACACUGUUGGCAGCCCCCCACAGACUGAUCUUUUCACUGAAGGUUAAUCACUCCACUCAGAUCCUUGAUAUUUCUCUUUAAUGGAAACGAAGACGACUGCUUAGUUAAUGGAUAUUAACAAGAUUUUCAAGGUUUUUGACAGUAAAAAAUGUGUAGUGUUGUUGAUGUGAAUGUAAAGAGUUUGUUAAGAGGUUAUCUUAUCUAAUUUAAAUUUAGAUAUUAAGUCGUAUUAAAUUAUCAAACUCUGCUAAGUGUUUGCACGUUUGAAUGUCUUUUAAAAAAGGGUCAGGAUUAAUGUUUGGGUUAAAUUUAUAUUAUCACAAUAUUGUUAUAUUACUAUAUUUUCUGUAUUCAGCCGUGACAUUAAUUCACACAGCCCUGACAUUGUUGUUCACGUAUCUUUAUUUUCUAUUCAAUCAUUCUGUUUUAUUGUUUUUUUGUUCAUUCAAAAACAGCAUUCACUAAAAUCAUUGUAAUAUUUUCAGUUGCUGUAGAAAAUGUGUUUUCUGAAAACAUUUUUAAAAGGAAGAUUAGGCUUUAGGCAUUCUCUGGCAUAUGAGAGUUUACACCCCUUUAAUGUCACUUUCCUACUGAGAUACAACAUCACUUUUAUUCAUUGCCAAAAGGUGUGUGCACAUCAAACACAUCCUUAUUUACCAGGAGACACGGCGCUGACACAGCGAUAACAUCGCAACAACACCAAAUCUGAACAAGCUAUUUAAUGCAGAUGCUUCCAAUAUUAGACCAGAAAUUAUCACUGAUUGGGCUUGAAUAAAUGCUGUUAAUUACAUCUAAAAUAUUUUUAAGAAAUACUUUACUUCAACAAGAGAAACAUGUCCUGCAUGGCCUGGCAGAGUUUAGCUGGUAGUGUUUUUGCGAUUAGUUAACUAGUUGAAGAUUUUCCCUGCCACACAAGGAAUAAUAUAAACUGAUUAUUUGAUUUUUUUAAAUUUUUUUUUUUAUUCAUUGCCUUGGCUUUUUCAGUGUCUAUGGUAACCCUCUGGCCAUUAUCACAAGUCUGAAUAGAAACAUCCAAGCUCUGUUUUAUUGUUCUUCGCCUCAUGCUAGCUGAUGUUAGCCUGUGAUGAUGGCCUAUUAAAUUAGUUGGCAAAUGUGUUGUGUUCGAAACAACCAGCUGACUUUUCUAGUACUAUCCAUAAUUAACCAAGUUCGUUGUUUGAUUGUGGCAGGGUUAAAAACAUUAACUACAUUAAAAUACAAGUAAAAUGCUUUCUUAGAGCUAGGAGACUGGAAAAAACUAAAAACACAUUUUGUCCUUUCCUGAACAUGUCUUUAAAAACAGGUGAAAUUCCUUUUGAGGUCCAUAGUACCUAUUAUUAUGUUAAUUAUUUAUACAGACACACUCUCCACCUCAACACAAGGUGUGGUGGAAUAAAAACAAGUUGGAUCAAAACCUCAAACUCUUUUUCAGCUCAGCCUGAACAUUCCCAUUUUUCCUCUAAUCUGUGAAACAUACAGUUGAACUGCCUUUUCAUUUUCAUCAAGCAGAGGACAAUGUUUUUUCUUUACAACUAUGUAGGAUAAAUUAUUCUAGACGUUGUAUUUGUUGUGACUCUCAUUUUGAAAUGUUAUAUUGAAAUGAAGUGGAUGUAAGAACAUAAUACACAGAUCAAAUGCAAUGUCCACACUAUAUGUCACAAAGCUGUUGAAUUAUUGAGUUUCAUUGUUAAAAUAGAUUUUUAGUUGUCCUUAACAGACAUGUCCAGACAUGUUUCAGAAAGACUUCAUGUGAGAAUAAUCUAAAAAGAAGAAUGAAUGACACCUGCAUGAAGCAGUUAUUAAACCUGUCCACCUGUCACAGCGGUGCUAUUGUAUAAUUUAUAAGUUAAAUUAUAGUUUGCUUUAUUACUAAUAUAAAAAGAUAUAAAAUAAUCAGUAUGUGUGUCAUAGCAGUACUCUCUUUUACAAUGGCUCCAGGAGAGUUUAAGUACUUCAUUUUUGUCCUUUCCUGUUUUAUUUAUUCUUUAAGUAUUCAGCACUUCAGUACUGAAAAUCUGUGAGUAUUUAUCCACUAUGGAAAAUUACUCUCUGUAUUUAACCCGUCUGUGAAACACCCCAGUGAUUAACUCCAGACUCACUGGAGCAAUGAGCUGCUCCAGGGAAGGACUGGGGUUUGAGCACUCUUUAAACCACUUCUCCACAGGCUGACCUAUGCUUUAGUGUUAUCACUGAAAGAAAGGGUUGACACAUUUAGUUAGUUCGUUUUGGUUGAUAGAAUUAUGUUUAUCUCAUUGUGCUAGUGUGACAGUGGUGAGACUCCAGUUUGCCACACAGAAGCUCCAGGGUUUGAUGCCACCUUGGCUUGAUAUCCCAGGCUGAGUUGUGUUACGUGGCGUUCGCUGUAAAUAAGAAACAAAAAGCAAAAUUACAGUGUGACCUACCUCUGUGGUCAACCCUGAUUGAGGGAUAAGUCAAAAGUGAUUUACGCAAGUUUAUUUUCUAACCUGUCAGACUUUUCCCCCGUGUAAUGUUUGUAUCAAUGUCUUGUGUCAAAUUUUCUCUGUCAAUUCUAUUUUCAUUUACUUUCUAUCUAUUGUCUUAAUCUGGUUCCUUUCAUUGUAGAAUACUGACACUGGUCAUCUGAUCUUUGAGAAUAUUGUGUUUGGAAUAGGGCUGCCCAUCGAUUAAAAUGUUUAAUCAGAUUUAUCACAGAGUAGCGAUGGGUAAAUCAUGAUUAAUCAAGUUAAAUUGUGAUUCCUAAAUAUACCCAAAAACCAUGUUUUCAGUAUAUUGCUAGAACAGAAAGACGUAGCAACAGGAAGAUGUGUUUCACACCUGUUUUAUUCUGUGGCUUAUCCAAACGAUAAAGUAAAUGAAAAAAAUGUUUAAAAUUAUUUGGUCAUUACUGACUAGAUGUUAGAGCAACAAUAAAUGUAAGGCCAGUGGAAUUAUUGGAUAUACAGUGCGUUCAUUGAUUAUUGCUCUUGCGAUAAACAGACAUGCAAGCAGUGUGUUUGUGUAUCCACAACGCCUUGUUUGUGAAGAAGGUAACCUGAGUGAAUCUCAGAAACGGUGUUGCAUCCUGAAUUAGAGUCACAUUGAGAUUGUUUACACUAUGAAAUCUGUUACAGCUAGCCACUGGUCUUUGCUACAAACCUGUUCCACUCCCAAAUUGUUAUGUUCCUGUUUUUUUAUGUAAAAGCACCAGUGCACAGUUGCCCUAGUGAGUAAACCAGCCAUCUUUAAUGCUGUGAUCUGUGCUGGCAAUACUUGGUAUGAGUCAUCUGAAAGCCCACACACACACCAAGACACCCAUACACAUACAUUGAGUUUCAGCCUCUCCAUGUUAAAAGAUUGGACAAUUGUCAUGAAGUUGUAAGACUUUUUUUUAAUCGAAAAGGUAACUGCAGAAGAGUUUGUUUAAAUUCAGAAAAUUACAACAGAUGACUAAUGAUGAACUUACACGUUAAAUUUAUUCAUUUAAUUUCUAAUCCUAAAUCUCUUUUAGAGUUGAAGGACAGCUAAAGACAAUUUCCAACAAUCAUUAGCCCAGGGUGGGUCACACCCUGGACAGUUCACCAGUCCAUCACUGAGCCACAUAUAAAGACCAAAAGUUACCACUGCAGAUCAAACUAGUAAUCUUCUCGCUAAACUGAGUAUACUGUGAAUAUAAAAUUUAAUUAUUUGCACUGUAAUAUUUUGCUGUAUAAAGGAGUUGACUGAAUGAUUUAGAUAAGCACAAAAAUAGACCUGUGAGCGUUGCUGUUGAUUUUGAUUUCCAUAGUUGUUUACAUAACAUUCCCUUAAGACAUAAUCUGCUGGGCUGUAGUUGUGGGUGGUGUUGUUUCCUAGAUGCCUACAUCAGUCAUUCCUUAAUGUUUAAUAACCACUGUUGGUUGACUACUCUAAGUGAAACUAUUCUGUCCAAUUUUAGCACCAUUACUUUGAUAAUAAGUUUGAUUCCAUCACAUAAAUAAAAGUCACAGUUUACCAGGUGGACGAUGACUUUCAGCAUUAUCUGUCUUUGACUUUUUCUGAACUAGUGCCACCAGUCCUUUAUGUGGUAUGUAAACGUGUGGGCCAUUCUGCAAAGCUGCUGAAAUACAUUCUUGGCUGCAGUUUGUCCGCCUGUUAGACACAAACUUGGCAUCCCAUGAAAUAGAUCACAAAUGUCUCUUCAUUACUUCGUAACAGCAGCACUGCCACUGUUGGCUAACAGCAAUACUGUACGCAAAUAUUUUAACUAUAGUUUCAUAAGCCCUUGUAAAAAGUAGAUUUGUUGCUGCUGUUGUUUUGAUCAAGAAUGUGUUACAAAAUUUCUACCAAAACAUGACAAAAAGUGCUGUUUUUCCAUUUGGUAUUUUAAUGCCUUUAUCUUCUCCAUUGUGGUUAAGUGUAAAUGGUAGAAAAGACGGUGUAAACUGCCAUUUAACACUACAACUAACAAAGUCUUUUAUCCUUUGAAGUCAAAAAGUGAAAAAGAGCUGUCACGCUUGAGUGCUAUAUGACAAUCGUUAGCAUUUUUCUUUAAUUGUGCAGGUGUUCAUGAAUUGCGAAGUCCUAACUACAACUGUGCCUAUAAAUAUUCCAAGACAUAUCAUGUCAGGGCUCUUUCUUCAUGUGACAGAUGUUGAAGCCAGAAACCAUUCUCUUGGAAAAGUGUUAGUGAUGACAGCCUGAGGACAAGGAGGACUAUAAUUUGGCUGCUCCAGGUUUUGUCCGAUGAGCCUGACUGUGCUGCCCAGGUGCUGCCAGUGACCCGGGCUGUGGCUGUGGUGGGCCCAGCCCAGGAGGCCUUCUCGUACAUCACUCUAGGUGUGCACUGACCUGUGCUGCUCACACUAUGGAUCAACAAAGAGAAAAAUAUGGCGAGCGGCCCGCCAGGAGCACCAAAGUUUCCCAGGGAAGCCGCAGCGGACAUUCGUCCCGUCCAUCGGGAUCAUCAAGCUCCUCGGGCGUCCUCAUGGUGGGGCCCAACUUUCGUGUGGGCAAGAAGAUUGGCUGUGGAAACUUUGGUGAACUAAAGCUCGGCAAAAACCUCUACACUAAUGAGUAUGUAGCUAUUAAACUGGAACCAGUGAAGUCGAGGGCGCCACAGUUGCAUUUAGAAUAUCGGUUCUACAAAACUCUGGGCAACACAGCAGAAGGAGUUCCCCAGGUGUUUUACUUUGGUCCCUGUGGGAAAUACAAUGCCAUGGUUCUGGAGCUGCUGGGCCCAAGUCUGGAGGACCUCUUUGACCUUUGCGACAGGACCUUCUCACUCAAAACUGUUCUGAUGAUAGCAAUCCAGUUGAUUUCUCGAAUGGAGUAUGUGCACUCGAAAAACCUCAUCUAUAGAGAUGUAAAACCUGAAAACUUUCUCAUUGGACGACAAGGGAAUAAGAAGGAACACAUCAUCCACAUCAUCGACUUUGGCCUGGCCAAAGAGUACAUUGAUCCCGAGACCAAAAAACACAUUCCGUACAGGGAACACAAGAGUUUGACUGGCACUGCCCGCUAUAUGUCUAUCAAUACGCAUUUAGGCAAAGAGCAAAGCCGGCGAGAUGACCUGGAGGCCUUAGGUCACAUGUUCAUGUAUUUCCUCCGUGGGAGUCUACCGUGGCAAGGAUUAAAGGCUGACACUUUGAAAGAGCGAUAUCAGAAGAUCGGAGACACAAAACGAAACACUCCCAUUGAAGUCCUCUGUGAGAACUUCCCAGAGGAGAUGGCCACCUACCUGAGAUAUGUGAGACGAUUGGACUUCUUUGAGAAGCCCGACUAUGAAUAUUUGAGAACUCUGUUCACUGAACUGUUUGAGCGUAAAGGAUACACCUUCGACUACACUUACGACUGGGUUGGCAGGCAGAUACCGACACCUGUGGGCUCUGUCCACAUAGACUCUGGAGCAUCCGCUGUCACCAGAGAGAGUCAUCCACACAGAGACAGGCCCUCACAGCACCAGCCAAUUAGGAAUCAGACAGUGGCAUCCGACCGACGAGGAGCAUGGGAGCUGCAGCCCACACGCCAAGCAAACUCGUCAUAUUUGACCUCCCACCUGGCAGCGGACAGGCACGGGGGCUCAGUGCAGGUGGUUAGUUCAACCAACGGGGAGCUGAACGCUGAUGAUCCUCUGGCAGUCCAUUCCAACGCUCCAAUUACAGCUCAGGCAGAGGGGGAAGUGGUCGAUGAGGCCAACUGCGUGAAAAUGCUCAACCUGUGGUGCUGCUGUUUCUUUAAGCGAAAAAGGAAGAAGAACACGCAGAGGCACAAAUGAUGGUCCACCACUGGCCACAAAUAUUCUGAGUGACCAGCUCAGUUGAUUGUGAUUUCAGAAAUCGAUGAAGGUCUCCCAAGAAUUAAACCUGGGAGGCUUUGGAAAGAGCUUAAUGAAAUGUUGCUUUGGACGAACCAGCUCAUUGUGGUUUGAAAUGUACAAGAGCCUUGUGUCUUUGAUGGGAGUCCUAUUUUAUUUCCUCUCCCCACAAAAGGGAGCUUUUGUUGGAUUUUGUUUUGUUUUGGUUUUUGCAGGGGGUUUUGUUUCCCCCCACAAGAUGCCGCACAUUUGCAAUUUGUUUAUUUUCUUUGUUUUGGUUUUUUCUGCGUGUGUCUUUAGCAUGUGAGGCGAUGCAGUGGAAGAGACAGAUCUUCCAGUGUGUCAGUACCCGACCUCCUGCAAACUCUUAAUGUCUUCAUUUAACCCACAAGGAUUUGUUUGAAUUCCGUCUCUGUCUGAUCCUAGUUUAAGGCCAUUUGCCUGUUGCCUGUUUGCUCACAACAUUUUCUCACACAAAGGCUGAAUGUAAACCUGAACCCACAAAGAGCCAAGAGUAUAAGAGAAAUCAUCAGUCUGCUGGUCCCUGCACUUUUUUUCCUCCAAAGAGAUGAGCCUGGGAACUGGGACCUGGACCUGAGAGAACAGUAGACCACAGACGUGUGUCCUGCACUGUGUUCUCUUGGGAAGUUUUCUGCUCGCGCUGAUUGCUUGAAGCACUCCCCUUAACCACAAUGCUGUCAAACACUACAGUCUCCUCUUUGUCUCAUGCAGUUCUGCUCCUAUCGGCUUUGUGAUGAUGAGCGGCAGCCUGUCACCUCUACACGUGGCUGAAAAGACAUUACUCUAUUUAUGCUAUUUAUCUCUGUUGCCACCUGUUUUCUGACUAAUUCUAACUCAUACGCACUGAAUGUAUGGAUAGAAAAAGAGGCUUUGGAGCUUUCAUAUAACCUGUUCUGUGCAUGGAAAAGAAAUAGCAGUUUAGGAGAGAGCAAUGUUUAAAAAGAGAACAAGGAAGACCAAAAGAUGGGUUCGUUAAGCAGAAGUCUUAAUUGCUUAUGGUCUUAGAAAUGUGAUGGUUAACAAUAAUAAUGGACUCACUCACCAUUUUACACUGGGGGGGGGGGGAUAUUUUAUUUAAGGGGCAAAAAGAAACAGGCGUCCUGUGCUUUAGAGAUUAUAUCACAGCCUCUCAACGCUGCUGUCUGAUGCCUUAACCCUGACCAGUCCACCACCACAGUCACCACCACAACAACCACCAUCACACUGUUGAAUGCAGAGGUCAGCAAGAUGAUGGAUGUGAGAUUUAACGUGCAAAUGUUGGGACCUCCUUACAUCAUCUAAGCCCAACUGUUUGUAGAUAGAAUCACAGCAGUUGAAGGUGGAGUAUGCAGGAAUGUUUCUUGUUUGUUAACGCAAAGCAUGGAGUUAAACCCCACCUCCCGGGUACGGGGGUGCUGUGAACACAGUUUAAAUAACCUUGGCCACCAGUUGAUUGUGGUGGUACAUCAUUUUGUGUUAAAUUGAACCUGAAUAUGACUCGUAUAAGAAGUUCACAUGAGACGUGUCUGAGCCAGCCGUCAAUCCCAUCCUGACAAACUGAGGGGUUAUGCACUACUGAGCACCCUCCCAUCUGUGGAGCAGUACACCUUUGACUUUAACCCUGCCUUACUUUAAUUCACAAAAUGCAUUUUGAAGUAUUUUAAAUGCUUUACAAACGUGACCUCUGUAAAUCCUAAAGCUGUUGUGUGUGUGGAGAAAUGGUUAAAUUUAGAUAUUUAUUGGGUCUAACUAACAACAGUCUCCUCAGUCUUAGCUGCUAAAUGAUACCAAUGCCACCUCACAUCAACAGCAGCCCUCCAUUCUUUAAGUUUAAUUACUGCCACCUACUUCUGGCAAAAGGGACAAAUUAGAAAAUACAGUGGUGCUGAUUCAGAUAAACGACAGCAUACACUCCCAGUGGUCCAUAAAAUAUCGCUGACUUUUGAAAGAUUUUGAAAAUCAAAUUGCUGCGUACUCUACCUUGAACCACUCUGUGUGUAACACUGAAGAUGUCUUUUCAGCACACCAGUGCCUGGUGUGGUGUGUAAUGUUGUCCUGCCCAUAUGUCCAGUCUGAUGACCCCUGUGCUGCAAAUAGAUUAUCUGACGUUUGCCCCCCGCCUCCAAGUAGGUUGACCUUGUCACCUUGAGGAUGGAAAGGAAAUGUCCAUAGAUUUUUUUUUUUUAAUUUGUGUUUAUUGUUAUGGAGGACAGCCUUGAACCAUUAUCCCCAUUUUGUCACCUUGACCUUCCCUCCUAGCAGAGUGAAUUACCAUAUAUAGGUGUUUUAUUUUUUUAUUUUCUUUUUAAUCUUACUAAUGUGAAUUCACUUUUAUCUAGAAUGCAAGUUUUCUUUGCUAUCAAUUCCAAAUAGCCAUGGUUUAAAGGGGAGGAAGGAAGACAACGUAAAUAAAGAAGAAAAAGAAAGCUUGAAACCAUGACUGCACUACAUAGCUGACCCCAGCUUUCCCUGACCACACCCUGCCUUCUUAAUACUCUACUAAAAAUGUGCUCUUUACUUUAAUCAUGGCUGCUGCCUCCUUAGCUAAGCCUUCCCUAUAGGGUGUGGGGAAUACACUUUAGAUCCAUCUUUAUUUCUGACCGUUUUGUUUUUCUUCUUUUUGUGCCAUAAUUCCAUGUGACCACUCUAUAUUUGUCCAAACCAGUCCUGGACAAAUCCCCUCUCAGUUAACACUUCAUCAUCUUUGAGAAGUACAGUGAUAUAGAUGUUGCAAACAGUCUGGAUGAAUCAGCGUGUAAACCUACUUGUUGUGUGUAUUUACACUGUAUAGCUUUAUGUUCUUUGUUUUUGUUUUUUACCCCCCUGUUAUGUUAGUUUUUCCCGGGUCUAAGUUAUUGUGUCAUUGAAAGUACUUGAAUAUGAAAUCUACGGGACCGUUUUUUGUUUGUUUUUUCAUUUUUGCUUUUUUUUCCCCUACUUGGUCAUAAUUGUUUCAACUCAUUAUAUAGGAUAUGUGGGAAAAUGAGGAAACAGGCUUUAUGAAUGACAGGUAUUCAAUUGUUUGAGACGUUCAGGUGCCUCUUGGAUUUGUCAGUCACCUGUGCUAGCUGGUUUAGCUGACCUGAUAAGAGCUUUACCCAGUAGACUUGGGGUGAGAUGUUGGUUUCCACAGGUUUAAAAAGUCGCUCACUCUUCUCUGUGAAACCUUUAUUAUUGUUGUAUUUGACUGGUGAGGAUGAAUCUGCUGGUUUCCUCUAACACCAAACCUGUGACAUCUGCUGCCCACAGAGCAUCAGCAGUGAUUUGCUCCAGUGACCUGAGUCAUGGAUGAAAGUAUUCCUGUGUAGUGGGAUGGAUACCAUGACUAUACAGCCUGCAGUGUUUCCCCCUUUUGAAUUUUCCCAGAGUGCCAUUCCUGAGACUACUACUACUUCUAAACCAUGCCUUUUACCUGUGCCAGAAAAACAUGAAGUUGAAUGUUUUCUCCCUCCCACCCCCUUUCUCUUUUUUUUUCUUUGGACCGUCACAUUCCACCAUGUGUCUAUGUCCAAUUUUGUUUUGAAAAUCAGUACCAGGAAGUGUUGAAGACAGUCGUCUUUUCCUGUUUUAGCAGACGUCACAACAGUUACUUUAUGUGACUGUUCAUCUUUGCAACAUCCACAUCUUCUUAAACCUGUGGGUGGCCUCAGUCCUCAGCAGCUGAGACGGUUAAUAAACCACAUUACUGAUGGUUUUACUUUUUCUUUUUUCUCUGGGCCUCAAACAAUGCAUUUCUAGGAGAACUUUGUGUGAUCUGUGUCUGCAUGGCUUCAUCUGGAGGCUUCAGUGAACUUUCCUCUCCCGUAGGACUUGUGUACCAUUGGCUUAGUGAGUUGUCAUGGCUACUGGGCUUCAUGUAAAAUAGAUAGUGUUUUCUCACAGCACGUCCCAUCUUAGUUUACCAUCGAUUCACAAACACGAUGUCCACCCUUCAGGCAGACGUGUGUCCUGGCUUGGGUUUUUUUUUUUUAAAUCAAUCCUGCGUCUGGACGCUGUGUAAAUCAGAGCAGGUGACCGUUCCAGUGUGAAUGAAUGGCUUUAGGUCUUUUCGGUUCUCUGGCACUUUUUUCCUUCUUGCUGUACUGUACUAGUCCUGGAUUUACUGUAUAUUUUUCUUUCAUGGAGGGGUUUAAGGUGACAGUAACUGCAAUAUUGUGAUGAUUGUUUUUGAAAUUGUACACAGUUGUAAUCUUCUUUUUCAUUUGGGGAUUCAUAAAGUAUGUGUUCUUUGAUUAUAUUUUUUCCUCCUUUAACUGUGGAAAACCAGAUUGUACAGCUGCAAGAUUUAUCCUCCCCCAGUAUCUUUUCUUUCAGAGCUAUGAUUAAGUAAAAUCUUAAACCUGUAAAUAAAUAUUAUGUGUUGAAAUAUGAAUGUCACUUCAGAACUGUAUUCAAAUGAUUUUGUCAAUGGCUUUGAGAAGAUGAGCCACAUUUCUUCUUUUUAAUGGUUUCAUAUUUUUAAUUUGCAGAAAGGUAAAGGUCCUUUUUAACUGAAAUGCUUGUUUUUUUUUUCUCCCCUCCUCCAAUUCGUAUAAAAACAAUGUGUCUCACAUGAACCUUAUACCAAUCACUUUUUAUUCCCUCCACUCCUAAAGGGAAACUCCAGUUUGCACCCUUUUUUAUGUAAAAUAAAAGCUCUCUCCACCUUG